AUCGUUUUCUCGUAAAGUUUUAUAAUUUCAUCCCUGCACGGAGGGCCGCACAAUUGAUACACUUAAAACUACAAUACUAGGCAAAAAUAUGAUCGCCUCAAGAGGACUACAGCUAAUGAGAAACUUUUCAACAACUGCAGCUCGAAAUAGUCAUGCAUAUGGUGGACCUGGAUCUAAUUUGCCGUUUGAUGUAAACAGCAAGUAUAAAUUUACAGCUCUACUGGCAAUAUAUUUCAGUACCGGGUUUGGACUUCCAUUUCUGAUGGUCCGAUUCAUUAAACACAGGGCACUAUAAAAGAUCCAAAGAGAACUUAAUGUAAUUGACAAUGUAGAUUGUUAAUGAAAAAAAAAAAUGUUAACACUAGUCAGUAGUUUUAAGUAAUGUAUUUUUUAUGUUUUGUUUGUACUAUGUAAUAAUUUCUUCUUUAAUAAUUGUCAACUGAAGCAAAUUGUACUUAAUAAUUUUGUUAAAUAAAAUAAUUAAGAGAAGUUAUUCA